AUGCGCAUGCUCAGAAAAUCGGCAAAGUCUUGCAGCCACUUAAAGAAGCUUGACCCUACACUGGAAAAUGGUACUUACGUCAUUGAUCCAGAUGGUGAUGGAGGCGUGCCACCUUACAACGUCACCUGUGACAUGACUGACAAGAAUGGAGUUGGCGUGACCGUCAUUAGUCACGACAGUGAAAACAGAACGCUGGUGGAUGGAUGUGAACCUCCAGGUUGCUACAAACGUGACAUUAACUACACAGGAGCAAGUCUUCCUCAGCUGGCAAAGCUCGCUAAUAUUUCCGCACGCUGCGAACAGUUUAUCAAGUAUGAGUGCAUUGGUUCAUUGAUGUCCAAAAACAAAACUUUUUUCGCCUGGUGGGUGUCACGUGAUUCUGCUAAAAUGACGUACUGGGGUGGAGCAGAACUCGGCAGUGACAAGUGCGCAUGCGGGAUGACCAAGUCAUGUGAAAAGCCAAAGCUACCCUGCAACUGUGAUGCCAAUGAUAACCAAUGGCGUGAAGACAGCGGUCUCCUCGCUGACAAGGCUCAUCUUCCAGUUAAACAGCUGAGGUUUGGAGAUACGGGUUAUGGUAAUAAAACGGACUUAAAUGAACAAGGCUACCAUACACUGGGAAAGUUCAAAUGCUAUGGAAUUGCCUGA